AUGCAAACAAUCUCAGUCGACGUCCUGGUGUGUGGCGGAGGCAUGUCGGGCAUGGCCUGCGCCGCCUUCGCCGCCGAGUCCGGGGCUAAAGUCCUAGUGGUAGAGAAGCAAGCAGUUGUUGGCGGUUCGUCAAACUACUCUGCGGGGAUGUUAGCUGACAAAGAAACAGGCAUCGGCUUUCCCAUCAAGAUCCCUCAGCUCCACCUACACCACCAACAACGCAUACGGGAUAGCACAGGAUCCCAGAUCUUCACCAAUACCGCCGUCGUCAAACUCCUUCAAAAGCAGCCUGGUGUUCCCGGUUCUCCUAUCGUCGGCGCGAUCAUUCGACGUGGGCCAGUAGAUGGCGCGGGCGCUGUCUAUUACGAAGUCAAGGCUCAGCACGUAGUCCUUGCCACCGGGGGGUUCCAGGGGAAUGCAGGACUGACAUCUAUGCACCUCGGCCAGGGAGGAGACAAUAUCUUUGUACGCUCGAAUCGAGGAUCAGUAGGGGAUGGAUUAACGCUGGCCACUGCGGUAGGAGCAGGCACGAGUCGGGGGAUGAAUACGUAUUAUGGCCAUUUAUUGGCGGCUCCUUUGCGGUCAGAAGAUGUCGAUCCCAAGAACUUUUUGUCGCUGGCACAAUACCAAAGCAAAUAUUGCCUGCUCAUUAACGAGCACGGACGGAGGUUUGCCGACGAGACGACCGGGGAUGAAAUCGUGAACCAAUAUCUUGCGAAACAGGAGAAGCGUCGUGGAUUCCUUAUAUUCAACGACCGGACAAGAAGACAGCACUGCAUUUCGGCUCCGUUCCCCAACGCGGGAGAGAUUGAUCGGCUCGAGAAAGCCCGCGAACACGGAUGCAACGUCGCUAGUGCUCCCUCCCUAGACGGGUUAGCAGAGAUCCUCAAUCAGUGGGGGGUAGAUGGCUCGCAAGCCCUCCGAACAAUCGAACAGUACGAUCGCUUCAUACGGCUGGGCGAUAAGACAUCUACGCUCGACGCGCCGGUCGGAAAAGCUGGAAAGCCUCCUGUUUCUUUGGUGGAAGAACUAAUCAAGAAAUAA